AUGGAAAACACAUUACUGAAAGUGAGAGAAGGUGAAGAAACGAGCUGGCAAGCUGAGCAGGUGGACAAAACUACCACAGGAGAGGUGGAACAGGCAUUGGAUUCGCUGCGAGGAGAUCUAGCAGCCGAUCGAGACACCACUAAGGCGGGCAGCAAGCUGUCGCAAGGUGAUCUUGUGCUGUGCCUCAGCAAGCUCAACGACCAGAUCCACUCCUUGAAGGGCCAAGUGUACGAUGCCAUCGGACAGAGCUACGAGGAGUUCAUACAAGCGUUUGACAACGCGGUGUACGUGGAGAAGGCCAUCGCCGAGCUCACCGAUGGGCUGGCGGCAGUCACGCAGCAGAUCGAGGACCCACACACCGGCAUCCACGCCGCGCUGGUGAAGCCGGCCUUGGAAUUGGAGCACAUCACACAGCAAGCAGCUCUCACCGGCGAGCUCAUUCAGACAGUAACUGUGCUGAACCAGGGGGAGCUCCUCCGACAGCUGCCCACCGAAGACCAGGACACGCGGAACGUUCCCGCAGUGUUCAUCGCGGUCAAGAAACGGCACAGGCGACGAUGCGAUCGGCUGAAAGCGAGGCUCGGUGCUCUGUUGCGCCAGGCCCUCACCUUCGAGGCCACCUCCCUCUCCUACUCUCCUUUGCUGACCGUGCUGACCCGCACCACCCAACGGCCCACAGUGCAUUUGAGUAGCCAGGAGGGCAAGCAAGUGGUCACGGUCCCGCUGGCGGACAUCUUCGAGGCGAUGGACAGCGUGGACGAAGAGGGGGCGCCCGAUCAGCAUCAUCGCUUCCUUGAGAGGGAAAUGGAGGAGUUUGUGUGCCAUGCGCUGCGGACGGGCGUGCUGCACUUCAUCCUGGCCCACGCCUUCUCCGGCCAGGCGUGGGAGGUGCGCGCCGACGAAGCCGAACACAAGCGAAUCUACCUCGCGGAGAAGCAGCGCCUGGACGAGGCCGUCAGCGAGCGAGCCCACGACGCCAAGUCCGAGCGAGCCGUGAGCGUAGACAACCUCUUUGGGGUGCUGGGCGCUUUCUUCGGGAUCCUAUCAUCGCACGUCUUUGCGCACGACAAACAGCGACUGGCCCUGCUUGGCCAUCUCCUGUGGGAACCGCUGUGCCGCGACAUCAUCGCCAAAGUGCUCUCCCCGGCCAUUCCCUCCGACACUGCCAAGCUGGCCCAGUACCAGCGGGAGACCAUACACGCCACAGAAAAGUUCGAGGAGGAGAUGGUCGCGCUCGGGCUGGUGCCGGCGAGCGCCGCCAGCGGACCGGACGACCACCACAGUGACAACGACCCCCGCCAGCCACCCCCGGCCGAGGCCCGGCGGCUCAGCCGGUUCAUCAACAACGUCGACAACCACUUUGCGACCAAGAAGCAGAAGAAGAUCCUCAACCGGGCGCGCAACCUGCUGCUCAACCAGGAGGCCAACGUGUGCCUCAAGGAGGUGUGCACCGCCAACAUGCUGCCCGACGUGUCGUCGUUCCUCACCAUCAACGCCACCGCCGACGUCAACGCCAACGCCAACGCCGACAAGCGGCGGCGGAGGCGACAGUCGGCCAUGCAAGCGAGCGCUGGCGCCGGCAGCGGUGGAGGAGCGGACGACGUCGACGUCUACGUCGAUGAGCGCGAGGAGGAGGGCCUGCGGCGGAUUGCGACGCAGAGCAAGAAGGGCGAGUGCCGCGACGUCGCGACCGGGGCCACGCCGCCGACCGACGACCGAGUCUUCAUCUUCCAGAUGCCCACGUGCCAAGUGAGUGCGAGUACGAUCGGGCUGGUGGUCCUGGCGCAACACACGCUCGAGGAGGCCUGUCGACUGCGCGACUCCGCUCCCCAGUGCGCCCACACGCUCCAGCAAACGGCGCGCGACCUGUUUGACCUCUACCGUGCGAUCAUGCCCCUGCAGUACCAGUGCGCUGUCGCGUGCGAGCAGAAGGAGACCAUCAAGUCCGUGCCGAGUCUGGCGAUGGCGUUCCACAACGACUGCUUCUAUCUUGCUCUCCAACUCCUCACGCUCGGCAUGCAGUACCAGGACCGGUUACCGAAGGACAAGGGCGCAUUCACGCUGGUGGACCUGGUGCCGGUGUUCCGACAGCUCGGCGAGAAGCAGUACCAGCAGCAAGUCCUCCGUGUGCGGUUUAUGACGGUGGAGCGGGCCAUGAAGCGAGUGGUCCACCACCUCACCCACCUCUCCCGCGUAUGGAAGGACGUGCUGCCGCGCCACGUGUACCUGCGCACGGUGGGCCAGCUGCUGGACGUUGCGCUGGAGGACCUGAUCGCGAGCUUCGAGAAGCUGGAGGACAUCUCCGAGGAGGAGACCCACCACCUGCACGAGCUCCUCUCCCUCCUCCUCGACUGCUCCUCCUUCUUCACGGCCACCGCCGCCGAAGACGAAGGCGGUGACAGCGAGGGCGGCCAAGCCGUUCUGGCCGAGAGUGGGAGGGAGGAGGAGACCAAGCGCCACGCCCGGCGGUGGAGCAAGUUCGUGAAGAUCGUGAACAUGCUGGAGAGCAAGUUGGUCAUCAUCGUCGACGCCUACGUUAAAGGUCUGAUGCCCGAGUUCGAGGCCGAGGAGCUCAAGGCCAUCAUCCGCGCCCUCUUCUCGGAUUCGCCCCUACGCAAGAGCCAGCUGGCCCUCAUCAAGUGA